AUGACUGAAAGUCCAAUUAACGUCGAGAUGCAAGACAUGCAAAACGGACUUCAUUUAGAACCAAAUGUGGAAGAUGGGUAUGACUAUAUAGAAAGCGAAGAAUCAAAUAACGUUGUUAUAACAUGGUUUGUCUGUGGCUUUUUCUUCCCACCACUUUUCCUCUAUACAUCCAACAGAUACAAAAAUUCCGAAAACCCUUUCAUCCACAAAUGGUACAAAAUCGGACAAAAUGUAUUCGGUCUUGAGUGUUGCGCUCUAUUCAUCGCUGUUGUAAUGCUUUUUUCGUGGUGGUUACAUGACGCUUAUUAA